AUGACGUCUACGGGUGAACAGUUGACCUUAGCAAGAGACAUAAAAAGAGCAAUAGAAUUACUAGAAAAGUUACAGCAAAGUGGUGAAGUACCUGCUACAAAGUUGGCAGCUUUGCAGAAAGUGUUACAGAGUGAUUUUUUAAACGCUGUUAGGGAAGUAUAUGAACAUGUUUAUGAAACUGUCGACAUUCAAGGUUCGGCAGACAUACGAGCAUCAGCUACGGCUAAGGCAACGGUGGCAGCUUUCGCAGCAGCAGAAGGCCACGCACAUCCCAGAGUUGUCGAGCUUCCAAAAACUGAAGAAGGAUUAGGUUUUAAUGUCAUGGGUGGCAAGGAACAGAAUUCACCCAUAUACAUAUCUCGAAUAAUCCCCGGUGGAGUAGCAGACCGCCAUGGAGGACUAAAGAGAGGUGAUCAAUUAUUGUCUGUAAAUGGUGUGUCAGUUGAAGGAGAAAAUCACGAAAAAGCUGUAGAGCUAUUGAAGCAAGCAGUUGGGUCAGUCAAACUGGUUGUCCGCUACACUCCAAAAGUUUUAGAAGAAAUGGAAAUGCGUUUUGACAAGCAAAGAACUGGAAGACGACGCCAGAAUUAUAAUUGA